AUGCCUUUACUGACCACGUUGGCCGCUUUGGUGAUUAUAGUACAUUCUGCAGAAGAAGACUUAGAGGCAGAGUAUCGACACGACUUGAGGCCGAGAGAAUUGGAUACAGGAGCACCUAGUUACGAUCAGCCAUGGCGAGCAUUGGAAGUAGAUCCCCCGCUACAAGAGCCACAGGAUGCAGACAAUUGGAAUAACGAUUCCCAGGAGGGACUUCCAAAGCGACGCAGAAUUGGCCGUAAACGAAAACGUCGCCCACAAAAAAGUUCAACUGAAGACCUCGUGCCACAAGAGAGAUUUACUUAUCCUGAUGAAUCACCCCAGCCAUAUUUCGACGUUGACUUUGACAACACACGCCAAACCACAGAAAUGCCAAAGAGGAGGCGAAAGAAACAAGAAAAUAGACCGACUUGGUGGAAUGAUGACGUCGUGAGCUUGGACAGACCCAUGAGAAGGAGGGGACAACGUAGAAAACGACCAUCACUUGAUAAAUGGUCAGAAUUAACUGAAUUCAGUCAAACUCCAGAACCACAAGUUAACGCAGAACCAUUGGACCAUCACAAAGUUGAAGCAAGAGCAGAAUUUCUGCAAGACAACCCAGUACAUGAAAAUAAAAGAGAAUUACCUGAACUAGCUCCAACUAAAAUAAAGGUAGAAUUUGACCAUCGUGCAACUAACGUCGAAUUUCCCUUGGUUGAUGACAGGGAAGUUAUUGGUGAGCCCAAGGCCCAGUUAGUCGAAGAUAAAUCUUUAUCAGAAUUUUCGUCAGAAGUCGUAGGAAUGACAGCGCUUAGGCCAACGAAACGAAGUCAAAGUGUAAGUUCUAAAGACCAACAUAACGACACACCAGUUACCGAGAAACCCGAUAAACCACAGGAUAGCAACUUAAUGGAUCCACUUACAUUAAAAGAUAUAUUAAAGAGAUCCAAUGGUACCAGUCUAAGUGAAAUACUCCAACAGCACAAUUUAUCGUUGACUGAUUUGCUUAAUGGUAAACAGCACGCUGUGUCGAUAUUCAAGUCACCUGAUUCUUUAGAAGUCCAAAAUAAAAAUCCAAGAAACGAUAUAACAGAGAAUAAACAGGAUAUACGCGAAACAGAUUCGGCAGAACAAACUUCGAUUAAUGUCGAAACAAAAUAUGUGACUCCAACACCUGAUGAAAUACCAACAGAAGAACCUAAAAAAGAUGAAGAUAUCCCAACAACCACUUUGAAACCUGUAGAACCUACGCAGAAAAUAUCUACAAGACAUCGUUUCCCUAUAGGAACGCGAAAGAAAUUACGAAUGAGACCUAUGUUAAACAACACGUACAAAGGACAUCUAAGUAGAGAUUUAGUAGCAUUGAAUUCGAAGAAGUACGCACAUCACAGAAGAAACAUUACAAAAUCUAGGGAAUGGAAGGAUGCUCUACCUAUGAUCCUGAAUAACAAGAAAGAUGGAAAGAACAACACAAUUGAAGCUGAAGCUACAACCACUGCUGUUUUUGAAGAUGAGACUACUAUAGCUAUUGAAGUUAUUAACAACAACAAUAAUUCUUCGGAAGACUUUAACCUAGAUGAUGAUCAAAGCAGCAAGCUGGAUGACAUUAAUAUGGAAGUGAUAGAAACCACAGUUACUUAUGUAAAAGAAACAACAACGGAAACGCCUAAGUUGACAACUGAGAAAGCUACAGUAGUAGUGAGACCUGCUGCAAAUUCAUCAGGACUAAGACGACAAGCAUUUAAUAAUAGAUUAAAAAGGAAACGUUUGAAGCAUAAGAAUACUACGACAGAACCUCCACAAGACGACCUUAUAAAACACCUGUUCGGAUUGGGUAGUUUAGUAUCAUCAUCUGAAUUUAUUGCAAGAACACAAGACCCGAAAUCAGUCGAAGAAGCAACUGAUACAACUGCACUAGAUGACUUCAUCACAACUGAAAGUAACCGCAAUACAGAAAGUGAUCUUGCGCAGUCCACAAUCAAAGUAUCAACAUUUGUGACUCAACCACCCAGUCCAAUAGAAGAAACUGCUAAAAUAGAGAUUGAAGAAAUUCUUAAUGACACUCGAACGAGUGCCAAGUUGUCCAAGAUAUUAAUGGAACGAAAUAUGACAAUAAGCGAAUUAGUAGAGCAUAGGGAACGUGGAUCCAGCCAUGUGCAUUUGGCCGACAUAUUCCACAACGCAUCUCGGGAACCUAACCCACCAGAACCGUUCUUAUCUAAGUCUCUUUUAGAGCCUAUAUCAAAAGAGACUUAUCCAUUAAGGGCUCUUCUAGAUGCUAAUUUGCACGAUCCCAAUACUAGAAUAACAACUGACGAACCAACCAUGGUUAAUAACGUAAAUAUCCCUGUAGUAAUGGACUACCGCAGUAAUGUUAAUGAAAAUGCAGAAAAUAUGGGAAUCAUGUCCUUAUUCAAUAACUUUACUAAGUCAGAAAAUAAAAGUUCACCAUUGAAACAUGUCGAAAGAACGACUCCCAAGACCACUAUACCCGUUGCCAAUGCCACGAAUGCAACUAAAGCAAGUGAAACUAAUAGAGAGGGUCGAGUUUUAAGCGAAAGCCAAGACGAUGUUGUUAGUUGGAAUGAAAUAUUCUCUUUGAUGGGGCGAAAUCGCAAUAAUGAUACAUCUGCGAAUACUUUAGAGGGGUCAAUAAAACCAUUUAAGAAGAUACGAUUGGAUGAAGACGCGGAUGGCGAUGGUCUGAUCGUACUGGAAGAUCUACAACAUCUCAAUAAUUUUGAAAACAAUAUCGCAUCAGGAUCAGAUGAGAAGAUAGAAAUGAAUCCAUAUGAGACUAGUAAUCCAGCGCAUGCGUCAGGUAUUCUAGAUAAAAUACCAAGCCAAACUAAAUCUGUGACAGUUGCUACAGCUAGUAUCGCUGGUUUAGCAAUGAUAUUAUUCUUAUUAACUUACGCGGUGUUCAAAUGGAAACAGCAGAGAUCGGUUAUAAGGAAAAAGCGCAGUUUUGGUGACGAGCGCAUUCCAACGCCAGUAUUCGAGAAUAGGAAAGGUCACAAGAACAAUAGUAGUACACGCAGUAUUAGUCCAAUGUUGCAAACAACGAAUAUCUACACAUUGAACACUUUAGAUUCACAAAAUGGCAAAGAUUCUCCAGAUUACAUGUGGGACACUUUGAGAAAACCAUUCCAAUAG